AUGGACGCCCUUCAAAUAAUAAGAAACCACGCAGACCAAUUGAGAAGAAUCGAUACAAGUCAGUUCAUCCCUGCAAUGGCCCGCCUAUCUCAAGGAAGAAAUUACGACUUCUCCAGAAUCGAGUACGACGUUACCACGCCUCACAUGCGACGAGCACGGAGGUUUCCUGGACAACGCGCGAGAUUCGUCCAUUUUCAUAACUUCACGCGCGCAUUUGGACAUGGAAUCACUGAAGAAAUGCUGCAGAAUGGAAGUUUUUAUACUAUUUCGACAUUCAAAGACUUUGAGACAGGACUAACACGACGCGAACAGAUUAAAGUCCGGGUCCCAAUGGGAUCGCGGCAUAAUUCCAUCAACUUCUGCGACAUAUUUUACACGUUUUGUAAAGCGGUGGAUGAAGUGGCUUCCGAGCUAGGAGAACGCUGGGCCGAGUGUGGAGCUGAUGCAGGAGACAUGUGUGUUCACGCAAAGAGGCACAUGUUAAACCACUGCCUGCAGCAUCUCACAAUGGCCACAACUGAGGUGUUGACACUUCUUGAUCUCACAGGCCACUACAUCCAUGAGAUCGAUUGCAUGCAAGAAGGUGCUUGGAGUACUUACGGCUUCGACCAGCCGAAGAUGCAAUAUCUCUUCGUUUAUCGCUUCGCACAGAAACUGGUCGACCAAAGAGCGCCCUGCCAAGAAGCUAACGCACUCAUCGUCCCCCGCCACCUGAUGGUUCAAGACUGUACGUGUCUUAACCAGCUUCUCAACGCGCUCCGCAUCUUUGGGGACACCGAGAGAUUGGUUCGCUUCGAAGACAGAGUCGAAGCUGGCCGUGAUUACGUCGCCGUACAGUUCCUUCAUGGGAUCCGAAACUGGCCAGAUCAGAAUCUCGACCUUCUCAAAUUUUUCGGCAUGUACAUAUUUCUUACAGCAGAGGCACAUGCUUUUUUGGGAAACGACGAAAUUGCAUGCUCCAUAGGUCUCACCAUUUGCUGGAUGGCCCGAAGCGCAGACGACGAACGCCUACUUAUGAAGUACGGCUUCUACGGCUUGUUCGUAGACAUGAUCCGAAGAGCAAAGGUGAUUUAUGGAGACUUUCGUCGGGUGGAAGUGGAACAUACUGGGGAAUUCAUCGACGCAGCACCAAUCGACGCCUUCCAUCCCAACUUUCGAAACAUCAAUCUCGUGCCAAAGGGCAUGGGGCGCUUGUGGGUGGGGACUGAAACAAUGAGAAUUUAUCCAGGACGACUGCCCGCAAAUGGUUCGCUGGCGAUUGUGCCCAUCAACAACGAACGAGAGGGAAAUGCGUAUCGCCGACUGUACCCAGAUGACCUUGCACGAAUGCGUCUGAAUUACCGAGAGGGAAGAGACGCUGAUAUCCGUGGCCUACGCGAACAUUACUAG